UCCACACAGUGCGGUCAGGUGACCCAGCAGCAGCAGCAGGCUCUCCCUCUCUCUCUCUCUCUCCCUCCGUCGUCUCCGUUUUUGGGCUCCAAAUGUCGGAGGUGUUUUUUGUGCCUGGAAGAAAUGGACUCUGGCAAUGCACGAAUUUAAACACUCAGAGAUCCGAUCAGCUGAGUCUGUGAAUGGCGCCAAAACAGGACCCUAAACCUAAAUUUCAAGAAGGUGAAAGAGUCCUGUGCUUUCAUGGGCCAUUGCUCUAUGAGGCAAAGUGCGUAAAGAUCAGCAUAAAGGAGAAGCAGAUUAAAUACUUCAUUCAUUACAGCGGAUGGAACAAAAACUGGGAUGAAUGGGUUCCUGAAAGCAGAGUUCUCAAAUAUGUGGACAGCAACCUUGCGAAACAAAAAGAGCUUCAAAAGGCCAAUCAGGACCAUUAUGUUGAGGGAAAGAUGAGGGGUUUAGCACCAAGCAAGAAGAUUGCUGCUGUGCAGCAGAAAAAUGUUGAUCUGAAAGUGAAAAAGGCAAAACAGAAGAGUGAGUACGAUGUUUCUACAUUUAACUCAACCCCAGGGCCGGGUGAAGGUACCAGCAGCGGAGAAACGCCCCAGGGACCACGGAAGAAGAGGGCUCGGGUUGAUCCAACUGUGGAGAGUGAGGAGAUGUUCACUAACCGCGUGGAAGUGAAGGUGAAGAUCCCCGAGGAGCUUAAACCCUGGCUGGUGGACGACUGGGACCUCAUCACCCGACAGAAACAAUUGUUUCAUCUGCCCGCUAAGAAGAAUAUAGAGACCGUGUUGGAGGACUAUGCAAACUAUAAGAAAUCAAAAGGAAACUCUGACAAUAAGGAGUAUGCAGUAAACGAAGUGGUGGCCGGUAUUCGCGAGUACUUCAAUGUCAUGCUCGGCACUCAGCUGCUUUACAAGUUCGAGAGGCCGCAGUACGCUGAGAUCCUGGCUGAACACCCAGACAUGCCCAUGUCUCAGAUGUACGGAGCUCCACACUUGCUCCGCCUAUUUGUUCGUAUCGGAGCCAUGCUGGCUUACACUCCACUGGACGAGAAGAGUCUGGCGUUGCUGCUCAGUUACCUCCAAGAUUUCCUCAAGUACCUGGUAAAGAAUUCAUCCACUCUCUUCAGUGCCACUGACUACGAGGUCGCACCCCCAGAGUACCACCGCAAGGCUGUAUGAGAGCUCUCAGCACACAGAGCUCCCACCGAGGCACGUCAUCCCUGUUUCCCAGACCGCAUGUAAAAUAACCAUUACUACCCUUUUGAGUGCAGACUUGGAUGAGAUUUUUCACUUGAACUGAUACACUUCUACACAAGGUCUCAGGAGCUUAUCACAGCUAAGAAGUUGAAAAAAAAAUGUAGGCACCGUUUUUUUUUGUUUUGUUUUUUUUAGCUGAAUCUCUCUCCCUUUGUUUUUCUUCUCGCUCUUUUUUUGCAAAGACAUAAGAAAAAAAGUUUUCUGUUACUGUUUCCACAAGCAGCUCUUUGGUGUUCUGAUAGAUAUUUGUUACUGUUGCAUGUGUGUAUUUAUUAGUGCUUCUUCUGCCACAUGAGGUGCAAUUUAAUGCUGGACGACACGGUCAGCAGUUCAUGUUUUUUGUAUCUGUAUCUUGCGCAUUUGUAUCAAUUUGUAAAAAAACAAACAUGUUUCUACACAUUGUCUA